AUGGGACACGCAGAAAACGAUGGCUUGGCUUGCGAUGCGUCGCAGCCGGCGUCCCGCGGUGUGUCCUGGUUCGAGCGGAGCUCCCUGGUUCCAGCUGGAAGGGCCCGAGGAAGCGCGGCCGGGGAAACCCGGAUCAACCGGCAGAGCCUGAGCGACUGGUACGUUGACGUGCCGCUGAGAAACAUGUUGCGGUUCGGGGUGCCAGUCCAGCUGGAGCAAGGCAACAUAGCCACGGAGAGGCGUCCGGAUGGAAUGUCUCAGCACCAAGCUGACAAGGCCGGCGCCCCGCUCGAUGAGGCGACCCUGGACAAGAUCGAGGGCCUCGUCUUCAAGGACGAUCGCUGGGAGCGCGCACUGAAACACCUGAACGCAGAGCCAGGCUGGGGCAAAGAGGCCGCCACGCAGCUCUUGCGGAGAGGUGCAGAGACCUUCGGCUUCUGGCAGCUUCCGGAUGAGGCCCUGAAUGGCUUGGUCGGCCAGCUCCUGCAGGCGGCUCCCAAACCAAGCACCGGCAUCCGGCAGUGGACGCAGGAGUGGGCCAAAGGACAGAGUAUGGGUGACUUGGAGCCUGCCGGCCCUCUCAACUGCGUGGUGCCCGUGGACUCCUACCGGACUGCUGCGACUUCCAUGACCGACAACGAGCCACGAGUGCACGUGAGCCGGACCAUCGCCACAUCAAGGUUCAGUCACACGCCUACUUCCGACGGCAUUGGCAUCGAAACCGACCGCUUCGCCACCAACCGCGUCCUCAGAGGGAGCAAGACAAAAAUGCUGGACCUGCCAGACUGGACAGGGCACUUCAUCAACACCAGCUACCUGCGCAUGAUCAGCUAUGGAUUGCACCUGCUUGUCUUCCUUUCCUGCCUCGGCUAUGCUUCAGACCUCAUCACGAACAAGUACCCGAAUGCUGUGACUCUCUUCAGCUGGCCGAUCUUCUUCGCAAGGUUGGGUGGCAUGGCCUGCGCCAUCUACUCGGCCCUCCUCUUCCUAAGCAUGUCCCGGGGGCUUCUGAGCCUCCUCUCACGCUGCCUGCCGAAGCAUGGUCGGAACCUCUGGUUCACCUUCUUGGACUCGCACAAGGACCUGCACAUCGAGUGCGGCAAGGCCCUGGUCUUCUACUCGGCCCUCCACACCGUGGGCCACUGCAUCGGCACGGUGCCAGGGGUGCUCCAGAAGAGCGCGGAAGAGCUGAACGCGUUGCUCGGGUGCGCGCAGGAGGACCCGCCCUACGUCAUGCAUUUGGACCUGAGCAUCUUCCAUUGGCCUCGGUGCCCACUCCUGGCGUCGGAGAAGCCCAUGAACUUCACGGAGGCCCUGUUCCUGACCCUCCCGGGGUUGACCGGCUUCCUACUGAUUCUCGUGCUGGGAGUCGUGGCCUGGACCAGCCGACACCGCUACCGGGCCGCCCGCUUCGAAGUGUUCUGGAACCUUCACAACGUGGCCAUUGUCAGCUGGCCCGUUCUCCUCUUUUUCCACGGCUCCCAGGGCUGGAUAGGCAUCGGCGUGCCGUUGGUGCUGGUUGUGGUUUCGCUCCCGAUCCUCUUUUAUGCCGUUAGCCGCAUCGCGCGCCUCCUGCGCUACUACCUCUUUGUGGGGAGGGCCGUGCAAAUCUUGCGAGCCACCACCCGCCUGGGCAAAGAUGGCAGCAUGAACGGAGCCCUGACCCAGUUGGAGAUCAGCGCUCCGCCGUAUCUCUGGAGAUUCCACGCCGGCAUGUACGCUUUCAUCUGCAUGCCGGACUAUGCCAAGCUUCAGUGGCAUCCGUUCACCAUCACCUCCGGCAAGGACGACGCGACCGUGAACUUCAUCAUUGCUGGGAUCGGAGACUGGACCCAAGAGUUGGCCCGGCGGUGCUUGAAUGCGGCGGAAGGCAAGGCGAAGAUGCCCCGCGUGGCGCUGGACGGGCCCUUCACGGCGCCCACGCAGUCGGCCAUGGACAAGAAGGUUCUCGUGGCGGUGGGGGCGGGCGUUGGAGUCACGCCCUUCCUCUCCUUGCUGUCCACUCUUAUGGCGCAGCUCUUGGCCGGGCAUAGCGAGCUCGUGGAGGCCCACUUCUACUGGGUGACCCGGGACGCCAGCGAGUUCGUGUUCGGCUGGCAGAUCCUGCGUCGCUGGCUCCGACACCCGGUGCUCCAGUCCAGGAUCUUCAUCCACCUCUACAACACCGGCUCGACAGCCAGCUCCAAUCUCCCAGCCUUCCUAUUUCGCCAGGCGGUCAAGCACCAGUCCGCGGUGGAUUUGGAGCACUUCCAGUCCUCACUUUCGGAAUGGCAGGCGGAGUGUCAAAUCCAGAAUCCAGGGCCCCAGUUCCCGUGGUGUUGGGCAGAAGGCGGCCGCGAGGAGCUGCUGUGGAUCAAGUGCCCGUCCUGGCAGUCCGAGGGUGUGGCGGACAAGUUCCAUCGCGUGGGCACCAAGGACGACUACGUCAGCUCCAGCAGCGAUGUGAAUGCGGAUCACACGGCGGAGGACGGACGGAUGAUCCCUGUGACCUUCGGCCGGCCGAACUUCUUGCGGGACAUCAGUUCCAUCGGCAAAGCACGGCCCGAAAUCAACGUCCACGUGUACAUCUGCGGCAACGACACGAUUGUUCAGGACUUGACGUCCGUCUGUCAGCAAUGCUCCGCCGUAGCUGCAGCGCGCAGCCGCGAAGACAAGAGGCCUUUGCAGAAGUACAUCGUGCAUUUCGAGCGCUUCGGUUGA